CUCAUCUUUCGCCUUUUACUAAAGAAAUUAGCAUUGCUUUUUUUUUAAUUUUUCUUUAUAAUAAAUCGUAACAUCUAAAAAACAAUUUACGUAUCGAGUUUGUUGUACAUUUCAUUCUUUGAUAAUUUGGUUUUAAUUCGAACAUUUCGAACCCUACCGCUUACGUACAGUUGCUUGGCUACAGUCUUUACUGCCUAACAAUGUCUUCUAUAGAUUUUGACCCGGCAAUAAAGCUGUGUUUAAAAUAUUUACAUUCGAGUGCUCCUGACUCAACUGAACAAUUACGGUUGACCCUUGACGAUUACAUUCGACAGACAUACGGAAGUUCAAAAACUCUGGGUAUUGUUUUACCCAAGAAAUAUUUGAAUGAAGAGAAACUAGAGUCAAGCAGGUCGAAACAUAAGAACGAUAAAGCUUCGAGCAGCAAAACUAUACCAAUACCUCAGCAAAGCCCUCAACAAAUACAAAUUCCAGAGCGGGAAAAUGAUGAUGGCUCCGUUAUGGAUGGUGAACUGGCAUUUGAUCUGCUGGAAGAAGACUUGACAUGUGUUGUGUGUCGUCAGAUUGCGGUGCAGGCUGGAAAUCGGCUUGUAGAAUGUGAUGUGUGUCAUUCUCUUUAUCAUCAGGACUGCCACAAACCGGUGAUCAGUGACAGCGACAUGGGCACAGGAUGGCAGUGUGCAUCUUGCAUCACCAUUCAUGGAUUUAGUGCUGGAUUCUCCAGCAAAUCUUCCUCUGCAUCAAAAUCCCCUCCUCUUAUAUCUGGUUCUGCAACACCCGUAAAGAUUACUUCAAAUAGUUCGGCAUCAUCAUCACCAUCAUCAUCAAAAGUCGUUACUCCCAGUAUCAACAUUAUAUCUGCUGACAAACGUCUUCAGAUUAUGAAGAAAAAGGCAGCAAAACAGCAGGAAAAGAAAAAAAGUUCUAAGUAAUAAUAUUAACUAACAGUUAGAAAAUGCUCCAGUUAGUUUGAUUUUGUAUUACUUUAACAAAGAUAAUUCAAUUCUUGCAAAGUCAUUAUGUUCAUGUAGAUAAAAAUUGAGCAAUAAUGUAUACAUACAUACAUAUAAUCACGUCUAUAUCCCUUGCGGGAUAGACAGAGCCAACAGUCUUGAAAAGACUGAUAGGCCACAUUCAGCUGUUUGGCUUUAUGAUGGAAUUGAGAUUCAAAUAGUGACAGGUUGCUAGCCCAUCGCCUAAAAGAUGAAUCCCAAGUUUAUAAGCCUAUCCCUUAGUCGCCUUUUACGACAUCCAUGGGAACGAGAUGGAGUGGUCCAAUUCUUUUUUAUUGGUGCCGGGAACCACACGGCAAUAAUGUAUAGGGUAUUAAAUUGAGUUAUUGUACUGUAAGAUAAAUAAAAUACCCUUAUUAAUUUACGAA